UAUAGAAAGAACCAUAAUGUUUAUCAUGACUUACACCAACUUUACUAUCUUCCAUCCUGGAGUUUUUGUCUUACUCGGCAUCCCUGGGUUGGAGGCUUAUCACAUUUGGUUGUCAAUACCCCUUUGCCUCAUGUAUAUCACUGCACUCCUGGGAAACAGAAUGCUGAUAAUGGUCAUCAUCACAGAACAUAAUCUUCACGAGCCCAUGUAUUUCUUCCUGUCUAUGUUGGCCAUCACUGAUAUCCUGCUAUCAACCACUACUGUACCCAAGGCCCUAGCCAUCUUUUGGCUGCAUGCUCAUGACAUUACCUUUGAUGCCUGUGUCACCCAAGUCUUCUUUGUCCACACAAUGUUUGUGGGGGAGUCGGCCAUCUUGUUAGCCAUGGCCUUUGACCGCUUUGUGGCCAUAUGUGCCCCUCUGAGAUAUACAACGGUGCUAACAUGGCCUGCUGUAGGAAGGAUUGCUGUGGCCAUUGUCAUCCGAAGCUUCUGCAUCAUCUUCCCAGUGAUCUUCUUGCUAAAGCGACUACCCUUCUGUCAAACCAAUAUCAUCCCCCAUUCAUACUGUGAGCAUAUUGGAGUGGCCCGCUUAGCCUGUGCUGACAUUACUGUUAACAUCUGGUAUGGCUUCUCAGUGCCCAUUGUCAUGGUCAUCUUCGAUGUUAUUCUCAUUGCUGUGUCUUACUCACUGAUCCUCCGAGCAGUAUUUCGUUUGCCCUCCCAGGAUGCUCGGCACAAGGCCCUUAGCACUUGUGGGUCUCACCUUUGUGUCAUCCUCAUGUUUUAUGUCCCAUCAUUCUUUACCUUACUGACCCACCGCUUUGGCCAUAACAUUCCGCGACAUGUCCAUAUACUGCUGGCCAAUCUUUAUGUAGUGGUGCCACCAAUGCUCAACCCUAUUGUCUAUGGUGUGAAGACUAAGCAGAUUAGGGCGAGUGUAAUUCACUGGUUCUUUGGCAUCAAGACUUGGUGCUGUGCCUCCCCUUUAGGCUGAUGAGUCCCCAAGAAUUUUCAUGCCCAGCUCCUUCUAGGAAACUAGGUGUGAAAUACACAGACUUCCUGGACUUAGAGUAUUUUUUUUUCUUCCCACUUUUUAAUCCUUUUACUUAACAUACUACUCCUCCCCCAACUUUUCUUUUUUUCUCAUCUAACUCUUCCUUUUUGCCUCCUUCUCCCUUUAACUUCAUACAUUCCUCCCUAUAACCCAAAAAAUGAUCAUUAAGUAUAUGUACCUCUAAUAUGAACAAUUGGUGUCUUCAAUAGACUAGAUAUACUCUAGAAGCACAGGAAACUGAACAUUCAUUACAUUAAGGUAGGUUUUAAACAAAUUAAUAAAAAUAAUUUUGUAUUUAACAUCUGAAAAAUUUCCAAUUUUUUAAAAUCCCGAAAUGUGCAUUGAUUCUUCAUACAGAAGGAAGUAGAUUUCCACCCACUUAUACAAUGGCAGGUGUUUUCAAAAACAGCUGGGCAUACCCUUCAGCCACCUGGAAAAUUUCAUCUCAUUCUUCAAAUCUUAAUUUAAGAAUUGCCUUCCCUAUGAGGUUUUUUCUAAUUAAUUUCUCCAGGCAAGCUCAGGUUCUUAGCUUUGCCUGUCUAGUACAUAUUAUACAAAUCUCUAAAUAUGUACAAUAUAUUCUGAUGGCUUGUUCCUUAUUGUAUCCUUAAUUGACUGUAAACUCCUUGAAAUUGGAAGCAUGUGUGUUGUUCAUAUUUGUAUCCUUA